GUUGAAUUUUCGAAACAUUGUUACACUCCUUAAAGUUUAUAUAAAGACCAGAACAACCAAGUAGAGCCACAGUAGCAUCCCAAGCAUUGCAAUCAAAAGGGAAAGCGAAGAGGCGAGGGUCUAUUUUCGUCACAACUAUAAUGAGUUCUGAGUCUUCAAUGAUCAAGAGGCUAGAUGGUAAGGUGGCACUGAUAACUGGUGGUGCCAGUGGCCUAGGAGAGUGUUCAGCUAGGCUAUUUGUUAAACAAGGAGCCAAGGUUCUCAUUGCUGAUAUUCAAGACGAAUUGGGCCACUCCAUUUGCCAAGAGCUUGGAACUGAAAACAUCAGCUAUGUCCACUGUGAUGUAACAUGUGAAUCCGAUGUCGAAAAUGCCGUAAACUUAGCGGUAUCCAAGUAUGGAAAACUCGAUAUCAUGUUCAACAAUGCAGGCCUCAUUGGUGACGGUGAAGUCAGAGUGACAGACGCCAGCACUGACAACUUCAAGAGAGUGUUCGAUAUCAAUGUCUUGGGUGGUUUCUUGGGAGCCAAGUAUGCAGCCAAGGUCAUGGUUCCGGCCAAGAAAGGUUGCAUUCUCUUCUCAUCGAGUAUUUCUUCAAAAAUCAGCAUCGGUCUGCCCCAUGCAUACAAGGCAUCAAAGCAUGGCGUCGUAGGGUUGACGAAGAGCUUGGCUGUGGAGUUAGGUGAGCAUGGAAUUAGAGUUAAUUGCAUUUCACCUCACGCAACUGUGACCCCAUUGUUCCUAACAACACUGGGGAUGUUCGAUAAGAAGAAGGGAGAGGAGAUGAUUGCGACUUCAGCAGUGUUGAAAGGCACCGUUUUGGAGCCUGAAGAUUUUGCACAUGCAGCGCUGUAUUUGGCAAGCGAUGAGGCUAAAUUUAUCAGUGGUGUCAACUUGCCAGUCGAUGGAGGGUAUAGUCUCAGCAACCAGUCAUGGAAGAUGGGAUUCGCAGCACUUUUUGGGUAAACCAACAAGUCCUCUGCUUUACUCCUUGGACAAAAUUUCCUUGAAUAAGGAAAUAAAAGUUACCCAAAACUGCGCUACUUGUAAUAAGAUUGUAUUGUCGAUCAGUCUCAUGUAAUGCUUUUGAUGUGUCCUUUCUUUACCAAUACCACUUAUAUCGUUUUGAAAGAUUAAA